AUGGAGUCUCUGUGGUGUGAGCAGGGGAUUACAAAGGUCUCUCUAGCCGAGAUUCUGAGGUGUUUUGAACAUCCCAUAAGCGAGGAGCAAGCCUGGGCUGUCUGCUUUCAGUGUUGCCGUAAAAUGGAGCAGCUGGCUCAGGGGCUGUGCCCGCCGCUCCAUUCUGUAUUCAUAAAAGGUCCUGGAAGCAUCUUUAUCCAUGCUGACGGUACUGCUUCCUUCAAGGUGUACUACAAGUCUGAUGUUGGCAGCAUUCAGCAGUCAGAGGACAAGCUCUUGGAGUACUUGGGAGUGGUGAUCUAUGAAGCCCUGGACUGGGGAAUCGACAGCCAACUGGAGCGAGAACUGAGUGAUCCUUUGGAGAAAAUGCUGUGCCUCAUGUUGAAACUGGAUGAUGAGGCAAUGAAACCAGCAGUCACCCUGCAGGAUGUUAUCAAGAGACUGAGAAAAAUGGAUGUGGAAGAUUUGGUGGAAAAACCUCUUCAGAAGAAGGAAAAACACUGGACAUCCCUGUGGCCCAACGUCAUCCGUGAACUGCAGAACGGCGUGAGGCUGCGCAAGGCCACUGAACGACCGCAGCAUCAUGCGCCUCCAAAAGAAUAUAUCCGCUCUCCCUAUGAGUUACUUUUGGAUGAUAUUCAGCACAAGAGGUACACCCUUCGGAAGGUGAUCAUCGAGCAAAACCACAGGACCCCCAAAGUUGAUGUAGCUGCUCCGAAGCCUCAUCUAAAGCCUGUGCUAGAGAGGAAGCUGAAAGAGGGGGGGCCAUGGAAGGCCAGCUGGCAUGAACAGCUCAUGGCAGAAAUAAAACGACCACAAAAGCUUCGAUCAUCAGCAGCAAGGAAAAAUGGGAGCAGGCCCAAAGAAAUGCUCGUGACACCAGAUAUUGCCUUGAAAUCUCCAAGUGAUAGUUUCUUAACUCUCCAAGAUACCAGUACCAAGUUUAAAAUUGUCAACGCUACAACAGAGCAGUUGGGACCAGGAGUUCAGACCUGUUUCAGCUGCCAUAAGCAGAUGUUUCUGAAGUGGCCUUACAGCUGUUACCUCUGUAGCAGUGUUGUCUGCUGUGACUGCUGCGUCAAGAUGUCCAUGCCCUUCAGAACGUGUGUACAUCUCCCUCUUCACUUCCUAAAACUUUUGAGACUCUCCAGAGAGGAGGACCCAGCUACUCAAGAGCAGAAGAGCUCAGAGUUGCUGCAUGAAAUAGAGCACUGGGAGUGUUUUGGGUAA